AUGGAGCUUCAGUCGUGGCUUUGUUUUUUGGUUUUGUGCCUUUCUGUGACUCUGUGCGAGCUGCUGUGUCCGUAUACCAAAGUGGAGGAGAGCUUUUGUAUGCAGGCCAUGCACGACUUCAUUUUCUGCCCAGACACCGCCUGUGGAGAUCAUCUUGUGUUUCCUGGCGUUGUCCCGCGAACAUUCUGGGGGCCGUACGUUGUUGUUCUGGCGACGUUGCUCUGCGUACUCGCUGUGGAGUCCAUGGGUGCGGUUGUCAAGUGCCUUGUCUCCUUCCUAGGCAUGGCACGGGGUGUGCCGGAUGGGCGACGCGUGGAGCCGCCGCUCUCCAUGGAGUGGGCCGCGCUGCAGAGCCCCAUGCUCUUUUCUCACGCGUGUCGGCUUGUCGGGGGGUUUAUGGUUUGCGGUGCCCUCUGGUACGUUGCGGGUGGCAUCGAUGAGGACGAGAGAAAAUUUCUGCGGUCCACUGCGAAGUGGGCGCGGAAGCGUUGUCGUGCCGCUUCUGUUUUUUUUGUGUUAUGUGCCUUGCAGUUCCACCUGUCGUUUUACGCGACGCGCGCGUUGCCAAACACCGCCGCACUCAUUUUUUGUAGUUUGGCCUUUGGAUGCACACUGCGUGGGAGGCACUGUCUUUCCCUUGCGUUGCUGAGCGUCUGCACCGUGCUCUUCCGCUGUGACGUCGUACUGCUGCUUGGGUCCAUGGGACUCUUUUUCCUGCUGCAGCGCGAGGCCAGCAUUCUUCGGUACGUGGUGGUCUGCCUUUUCUCCAUGACGCUCGCGGUGUGCUGCAGCGUUGUCUUGGACAGCUUCCUCUGGGGGGGUUGGGUGUGGCCCGAGGGCGUCGUCCUGCUGUUUAACACCCUUCACAAUCAGUCAUGGCGUUGGGGGCGGUUGCCGUGGCACUGGUACUUUACCCACGCCCUGCCGCUGGCCUUUUUGCUCGCGUAUCCUCCGCUGCUGCUGUUGGUGGGGCUGGCGUGCUGGGACGUGGGCCGGCGGCUGAUUCGUCGCGUGACCGCGUCCCGCACUGGGGCCCGCGCGCCGCCGCCGCCGCCCUCCGCUCCACUUGGGACGCUGCUUUCCGUUUGGCUGGGCACGAGCGUGCGGUUGCGCGCCCUGCUUCUCCCGGCAACCCUCUUCGUUGUGCUCUACAGCUUCCUGCCGCACAAGGAGAUGCGGUUUAUUAUGGUGGUGUUCCCGGCUUUUUUGGCGCCCGUGGCCUACGCCGUCGCCUUCACGUGGGACGCGUGCACCGCGCCGCAAGUGGCCGCCGCGAACAGCAAACAUCGUACACGCGGUGCUGCCCCCCAUGGGCGAAUUAGGCGCGCUCUGGCGGUUGUGUUAUGGGGGAUGUGCCUCGCGCAGCUCGCGGCUCUGGUGCUGUCGGUGGGCGUCAGCAUGUACAACUACCCCGGCGCCCGCGCGUUGGCAAGACUGCACGGUGUCAUUGUGGAAGACGUUCGUGACGGCUCCUCCUGCGUCAACCGCCCAGAGAAGGGGCACGCUAACGCCACGGUUUCGCUCAACUUGUUCAUUGACGCCUACGCAGCCAUGACGGGCAUCAAUCGGUUUCAGAAGGCGCACCUUGCGCGGCCACCCGGGCACGUGAGCGAGAAGGCGGGGUACCUCCCGGUAUCUCCCGCUUCUCUCAGGGAUAGAUUUGUUGCUUUGCUUGCCUUGCCGUUCGUCGCACUUCUGCGGGUGACUGAGCGGCACCCUUCCGCAGAGGGGCGGUGGCGAGCGUAUGACUACCUGAAUACGUACAGUGCCGGGGGAGGGGCUGCGGCCUUCGGUGAAGCCGUGAGUAUAGUUCCGUCUACGUUUACGAACACGCAGCUGCGAGGGGUGGAACUUCGAUACACGAAGGAUCCUACACUCUUUGAUGAGGAGCACGGCGUGUACAAUGGCGAAGGACUGGACUACUUGCUGGUGCGCUACUCCCAGCGUGAGAUGCACCACCAGCGCGGCGAGUUUGAGGAGCUAUUCACCGUGUACCUUCCAGACGUUUGGUCCUUGUCAGGCUACUGGGUAGACCGCCUCUUGCAGAGGAAGGAGCAGCGCCAUGUUUCCGCUGAAGCGGUUGGGCAGCCCUUUCUUUUGGCCUUGCGUCGGCGGUGCAAGUAA